AUGUCUACGCGACAGAAAUCCUUCUUUGAUCAAAACCAGAAGCCGAAGCAAUACAAAGGCCAAUGGAACGGCCCACGCAACUUCCCCCCCCAACAUAGUAAUCAGGCGGCGCCGCAGGCUCGGCAGGUCGUGACUGGCCCUCCUAUCAUGCCAUCGACCCAGACCCGUACGAAGCUUAAAGCCUUCCAAUUCAUCGAGGGCACGCCUUCCGCCGAAUCCCUCAGACAACGUGAGGCUGAGAAGGAGAAUCGACCUGCUGCGUUGGGGAAGACGUCGAAACCUAUGGGCACACCAAAGACGAACAGGGUCGCGAAAGAUAUAGGAACCACGAACAAGACUUCGAAACUGCCGACAAUCCUAGACUGUCCGCCACCGUCGACUCCAGCCACCACGAGGCUACCGCUUGCAGACCUGGUCGGGAAUAUCGACGAUUCUUCGAGACAUGCGCCGCAGCCUGUCGCCUCGCCCGAAGAGCAGUUGAUAUGGAGAGGAUCACAAGCGGUGAAUACUCCUUUACCCCGGAAGAACAAAAAGCGCGCUAGGAGUUCGUCACCCGUCGCACCGUCGCAAGAGGAAUACAGGCUGGACGCGACCAGGCAAGACAUCACGACUCCUCAGGCUGAUCCUGCCAUGGAGCUAUGGUCACGGUACACGAACAAUAAAGGAACGCCGAGUGCCAACAAGAGCGUGGCGUUUGCUCACCUCAUCAACGAGUCGUCACCAAGGUCACAAGCUGCUGCAGGAAGCAUCAGUGGCCUUCGGAGGUGGGCAAGCUGCGGUGUUGAGUUCCCAGCGUCAAACCGGAAAAGAAGGAGAACUCACGGUGUCUUUCAGGUGGAUAAGGAAACCACAGAAGACGUUUUCGCCGGUGCUUCUAGUUCAGACGGCAUGAUGCUCGGGCAACCUACGAAACCAAACCUUGCGAGUAUGGUGCAGCGCAUGCGGGAAUGUGUCUCCAACUCACAACCGCGCGUAUCGUCGCAAAUACCGUCAAGUUCAUCACCGUUACCUGGGGCUGGGGAUCGCCAAGACAUAUCGUCAGGCUCUCCUCUCCAGAGGCGUGCACGGGAACAACUUGCGGCUACCUCCGAGACUUUGGGCCACGACUCGGCGCCUUUGGAAGCUGUCUUGGAGGCAGACGACGAACCCCUGCAGGAAGAUGACCUGGUGGAUGCGGCACACAAGCCACAUGCAUCACAGGGAUCUUCUGAUGAUUUUGGAGACGACUUCGACGCGGACAUGGUGGAGGCUCUGGACAUAUCGCCUCCACCCGUACUUGCAGCACCUCCACCACGCUCAACGAGUUACGCCUCCAUACCUACCGAGCCUAUCAAUCCGCUUCCACAGCAACUCAUUGCACCGGAUCUUGCUUUACAACAAGGCAGUGAUGAUGACGAGUUUGGAAUGGACGAUGAGGACGAUUUCGCUGCCGAUCUGGAACACGUAGCAUCGUUGUACGACACGAGAUCUAUGGAGUCGCAAACGGCGGACCAGGCCCCCAUAGCAGGGACGGAAGGAGGAGCUGGUACUGCAAGCGCAAUGUCAGCACCUGUCAUCAGUCUUUUGGACGACGAUGAGGAUGAGUUCGGGGAAGACAUAGAUGCUGACGAAUUUGCUGCUGCUGAGGUUGCAGCCACACAAGUACCUUCCAAUACUAGUCAACAGGACAAUAGAGCAAUCCAGCGCUACCUUAUCAAACGAGUGGAUGAGAGCUCAUAUACCACGGAUCGUGGCUUCUCAAUGCCUGAGAAGGUUCUGCUAGUGGAAGAGGAGAAGACGAAAUUAUUCAAAGCAAUCACCUUGCGACAAGCUUGGUUCGACACUCCCUGUACAACGGGCUCGUUUGUACAUGUCAUUGGUGACUUCACAAGCACCGGACAGUGUGUCAUCGACGAUCAUCACAACAUGCUUAUCCUUCACCCGGAUCAUCUUAUCUCAUCCACCGUUGUCGCGGAUUCUUUCGGUUGUUUGCGACGAGCCGUGCUCCAGGAUCGUGUCAAAGCCACCAGCAAGGCCAACGCCCCUAUGCUCUACGGGACGUUACUCCACGAGCUGUUCCAGGAGGCCAUGAAAGCAAACCAAUGGGAUUCUGAUUUUCUGUUAGAGACUAUCGAAACACUUUUGCCGAACCACUUGGAGACCAUACUUGAGAUCAACUCAACCUGCGAAGCCGUUAAAGAGCAUCUGAGCAGCAAGUUGCCUGAGCUACAGGCUUGGGCCAGAAUAUUUGUUCGCGCAGAGCCACAAGCUGAUGCUGUCGUUCGAGAGCGGAAUGGACGACAGUCGACUAUGAGUAUUAACAAGCUACUUGACGUGGAAGAGCACGUCUGGUCACCAAUGUAUGGUCUGAAGGGCAACAUCGAUGCUACUGUACAAGUGACAAUGCGUGAUGACCUGGGAGAACGGACGUUGACAGUACCGUUUGAGGUCAAGACUGGCAAGAACUCCUCAAACGCUGCGCACGUUGCACAAACCGCUUUAUACAAUCUAUUGCUAUCUAAUCGAUACGACGUUGACAUUGCCUAUGGUAUCUUGUAUUAUCUCGAGACUUCAGAGAUCAGUCGCAUUCCUGCGAUACGUAAUGAUAUCAUUCACAUGAUCAUCAAGCGCAACGAGCUGGCUUGCUAUGUCCGAGACCGGAUCGAGCUACCGCCUAUCCUGAAAGAGGACUUCAAGUGCCAGAAGUGCUACGCGCAGGAGCCAUGCUUCCUCUAUCACAACCUCGUCGAGGGUGGAGAGGGCGAGAUGCUGAGCAAGAAGGCGAAAGAGAGAUACGAUGAGCUCGUCAAGCCGCUCCAGCCUUCCCACCAGGAGUUUAUGAAAAAGUGGGACACGCUGUUGACGAAAGAAGAGACAGAUAUGAUGAAAUUUCGGCGGGAAUUAUGGACCAUGCUGAGCAUCGAACGUGAAAAGCUUGGUCGCUGCUUCUCAAAUGUCAUUUUGGAACCUGGAUCCGGACACGAAGACAAGAAUGGCCAAAAGAUCAACCGCUACAACUACACAUUUAUAAAGCAACAGCCAGAUCCUGGGUUCUCCUUUGCCGAGUCUCAGAUCAUCAUCGGAGAGCCGGUCGUAGUAUCGGACGAACAAGGUCAUUUCGCGUUGGCCAAUGGAUACGUAACAAGUGUGAAGAAACGACGCAUCACCGUGGCUGUAGAUAGACGCCUGCAUAACUCUCGAACCAAGUUACCGGGAUUCCAUUCACAGAACAAUCAAACCUUCGCUGGCAUCAUGGAAGUGACCAAAGAGGGCGAAGCUGUCACUAAAUAUGAAGACGACGAGGAGCCGGUACUAUAUCGCCUGGACAAAGACGAAUUCAGCAACGGUAUGGCUGCAGCCCGCAACAAUCUUAUCCAGAUCAUGGACAACAAUGUCUAUAAGGCUCAUGAUCUUCGUGCGCUAAUUGUGGACGGCCAAGCUCCCAAGUUCAAACCUGUGCCAGAUGCAAUGUCACUGCCUCAGUCGUCACAGAUGUCAAUGAACUCGGAUCAGCGUGCUGCUGUUGCGAAAGUCAUGUCUGCAAAAGAUUAUGCUCUUGUAUUGGGUAUGCCAGGAACCGGCAAAACGACUACUAUAGCGCACAUCAUUCGUACCUUAGUUGCCAAGGGCAAGAGCGUCCUACUGACUUCGUAUACCCACACAGCCGUCGACAAUAUCCUACUCAAGAUCCGAGAUGACCAGAUUGGCAUAUUACGUUUGGGUGCCGCCAAGAAGAUUCAUCCUGAAGUCAGGGAAUUCGCCACUCUUGCUGCUGAGUCGAAAGACAGCCUCGAGGAGCUCGAACGAUCAUGGAUGCAGCCGCCUGUUGUAGCUACGACAUGCCUUACCAUCAACCAUCCCCUGUUCAAUCGCCGCGUCUUCGACUACUGCAUCGUCGAUGAGGCAUCACAGAUCACACUUCCUGUCUGCCUGGGACCCAUCCGCAUGGCUCAAAGGUUCAUCUUGGUAGGCGACCAUUAUCAGCUGCCGCCCCUUGUGCAAAAUAAAGAAGCCAUGGAAGGUGGACUGGACGUUUCGUUGUUUAAGCUCCUUUGUGAAGCUCAUCCACAGGCCGUCGUCAGCUUGGCGCACCAGUACCGAAUGUGUGCUGAUGUCAUGCUGUUGUCGAACAUGUUCAUUUAUUCGGGACGGCUGAAAUGUGGUACGACUGCUGUCGCUUCUCGCAAGCUCACACUUCCCAAGACCGACGGUCUCAAUGCCUACCACUACAAGCCAUAUCAAUCCCGAUUGAAUGAGAUACAGGCAUGCACUGGUCCUGAUACCAGAACCUGUUGGCUCUCUCGUUCUUUAUCACCUGAUCAGCCAGUCAUUUUCAUCAACACUGAUCUCAUCUCCUCGACUCUGGAAACACAGUCUGGAUCUCGCAUUACCAACACCCUUGAGGCACGGCUUGUUACCCAGCUUACAGUAUCUCUCCUCGGCCUCGGCGUCCCUGCUGGAGAGAUUGGCAUCAUAGCUUUCUACCGUUCACAGCUCGCCUUGCUACGACAAAGCCUGUAUUCCGCACACACCCAAAUGCAGUCUUCUGAGCUUGCUACUCCGGCCGGUAGCGGACAAGGGUGGGCGGGUGUCGAGCUGCAUACUGCAGACAAGUUUCAAGGCCGCGACAAGGAGGUUGUCAUCGUAUCUUGCGUACGAAGCAACGAGAACGGCAUAGUCGGCGAUCUUCUGAAGGACCGCAGACGUGUGAAUGUCGCUCUUACACGCGCGCGAUCAAAGCUUAUCAUUCUCGGUAGCGAGAAGACGUUAUCGAGCAACGAACUAUUGCGCGAUAUGGUUGCCCUCUGCCGAGAAAAAGACUGGGUACUCGACCUCCAGUCCAGUAUGGUGGAGUCGCAUGCCUUUGACGAAAGUGUCACUCAAAUGGGUAAAACACCAGUGAAACAAUCAUACCCCUCUCCGUUUACCAACAAGAUGGCGAAGAGCCCAAAUACAACACCUAGCCCAUCGAAGAAGCGAAAGGCAUUAUACGAUCUUGCAACGAAACCUGGACAGCUCAACGCUAGGAGUCCAAGGCGAAAGAUUGGUAGUAAGAGCCCAAGUGGUAGUCCUGAAGCGAAGAGAGUACCUGGGAAGGUUUUCACGGCAGGGAAGAGAGGCUUAUUGGAUAGCAGACCAGUUCUGAGGGAUAUCUAUAAUGGCGCUAUUUGA